AUGCAGUGUAAACUCUGCUCUCAGUCGGAAUAUCCCCAUACUUACUGCAAAGUGUACAAACCAGACUUGUCAGAACCAUUUGUGUGUCCACAUUUAAAUAGGCAGUCAGUCAUAUCUGAUCCCAAGACAGGUGCCCGGAAAUCACCUUUCACAAAUCGAUGUACUUCGAAAUUUUCUGAUGUACGUACUAUGAAGGAUUUAUUUGAAAAAGGUCUACAGAUUUCACGUUUUCGACGUUGUUUGGGAAGACGCUACAGUUUUGGUGAAUCCUUCGCGUGGUUGCAGUAUUUAGAAGUUGAUGAUAAAAUACAGGCUUUCGGAUCGGCCCUGGUGAAAGUUGCUGGUCAUAUUCCGUGGGGCGACAAUUGUGUUGGUAUUUAUGGACGUAAUUCACCUGAGUGGUUUAUCACUCAACACGCUUGCGCGGCGUAUGGCUUUCCCAUUGUUCCAAUUUAUGCAACUUUGGGCGAUGAAGCAAUGCAACAUAUUCUUAAACAAAGCGAGAUUCGAGUUGUCAUGUGUGACUCAGGAAGGGAGGCGUGUCAUAUCCUAGGACAGUUCUCUUCUUUGAUAAAUGUUGUUAUAAUUGCACACGAUGGUCCCAAGGUUGCAGAAGCCAAGGUUCGUUUUUCGGCCAAUGUCAGUGUCUACUUGUUUGAUGAAUUCUUGAAGGUUGGAUCGAAGUAUCGUAUUCCCAAAAUGAAUCCGAAACCCGAUGACUUAUACAUGAUAUGCUAUACUAGUGGAAGUACUGGUUUACCAAAGGGUGUGUUAAUUGAGCAUCAGCAAGUUGUUGAAGCUGUAUUUGCUAUUAUUGAAAAUACUGAAGAAAAAUGUUGUAACAAGUUUUCAACGCAUCUAUCAUAUUUACCAUUCGCUCAUAUUAUGGAACAAGUAAAUUCUUCUGUUGUGCUUAUCGAAGGUGCUAAAAUGGGAUUCUUGACAGAUACCGUUGAUGGACUAGUAGCUGACUGCGCAGCUCUGAAACCAACUAUGUUAACAGCUGUUCCUCGUGUCUUAUCACGAAUAUAUUCGAAAUAUCAAAAAGCUAUUGGUGGAUCAGCCUUGAAAACUCGUAUGUUUAACCAUGUGCUUAAGCAAAAGCUUGGUGAACAGAGACGAGGGAAAUUUAACCAUCAAAGUCUUUUGGAUACACUUUGCUUUAAAAAGCUUCGCCAGGCUCUUGGUGGACAGGUUUGUGGCAUAAUAACUGGUGGUGCACCACUCUUACCUGAAAUUCAUGAUUUUAUACGCGCGGUGUUUAACGGCCUCAUCAUUGAAGGUUAUGGUUCUACAGAAACUACUGGAGUCGUAACUCUUUCAGUUGUUGGAGAAUAUCGGACUGGUAUAUUGGGCUCUAUUGCAUACAGUGUAGAGGUGAAAUUGGCUGAUGUACCCGAUUUGGGUCUUGUUGCACAAAGGGAUAAUAGAGGAGAGAUUUGUGUUAAAGGUAGGGUAUGUACGAAAGGUUAUUACAAAGAUCCUCAAAAGACAGCUGAAUUAAUUGAUGCAGAUGGCUGGCUACAUACAGGUGAUAUUGGAGAAUGGAGUCCAGAAGGUGCACUGAAGUUGGUUGAUCGUCUUAAAAGUAUUUUCAAACUGGCUCAAGGUGAAUACAUAGCUCCAGAAAAAGUCGAAGCAAUCUAUCAAACCUGUAACCUUAUCAAUCAAAUUCUUGUUGAUGCAAAUUCAAAUUCCAGUUUUCUUGUUGCCAUAGUAGUGCCAGAUUUCGAUGAAUUGCGUGAAUUUCUUAGUAAAAGUGAACCUGGUUUGCUUAAUUUAUCUGAUCAAGAUCUUUGUCAACUUGAAAAUGUCAACCAAAUUAUUUUGAAUGCCCUACAUCAAAUUGCCGUUGAUAAAAAGUUGAAAGGAUUUGAAAAAUUGAAAAAGAUUCAUCUAACUCAUGAAGCGUUCACAAUCGAGAAUAGCUUGCUUACUCCGACAAUGAAAAUUUCCCGAAAUAAAGCUAGGAAGAUUUCACAUCAUCAGAUUGAUAUCGAUUUACUACAGUUCACCAAUAUACAGUAA